AUGAUGAUCUUCUCAUUAUGGGGUUUAAUUAUUGGAGCUAUUCUAUGUCUAUCUUCAUUAAUUACCUUUGUCAGCAUUUAUUUACGUAAAAGAUUCAGACGCGAUAGUGUUUGGCAAGCAUCAACAGAUGUACAUACAGUUAUCUCAUCUGAACCAGUAUCCAGACGAUCCUCUACAUCCAACUUAGUCAAUUCAGAAAAGCCAUCGUCAACAUCAUCUUCAUCGUCACGGUCUCGUUCGGCUUCCUUUAGUGAAGAUCUUUCUGCACGUCUUCAAAUUCUACCAUCGAAUACAUGCUAUCGUUCGUUCACACCCCCAAAUUCCAGUUCAAUGACACGCUCGAAAAGAUCAUCAUUGGGUGCAAAUAUCCGUUUACCCAUGAUGUCGAAUCCUUCUUCCACUAUGCCUUCAAUGAAAUUCCAACUUAAAUAUGAUCAUAUGAUGGAAAAAUUAUCUAUCACUAUCUUUCAAACAUAUAAUUAUAUACCAAUGAAACAUACUCAAACUAUGUUUGUUAUUGUUUAUUUGUUACCAAAUGAAGACGAACCACGACAGACACAAUCAUCAUCGAAUGGUAUUUUCAACGAAUGUUUUCAAUUUCCCUUGCAAAAAAGCGAGCUAUGUAAACGAACACUACGCUUAACUGUUUACACGGUUGAUUCAAACACUCGUAUUCGCAAUAGCCUAGGACACGUUUUUCUUAAACUCGAUCAAUUUAUAAACGACAAAACAUUUUCCACCGAUAUCUUGUCAGAGUAUCUUACACCCGACUUGCAAAUUCGAACCGAUUAUCUUGGAGAAUUAAUACUAACGAGUACUUACUUGAAGAAUCAAAAUCUCAUUCAAAUACGAAUUCAACAAAUGAAACAUUUACAUAUUGAUCAAACGAAAGCACGAAUUCCGUUGAAAGCCUAUUUUAGUGGACAAAUAGUAACGUCCUGUAAACAAUGCUAUUGGACUAAUACGGCUUCAUUUCUUAUUUCUUCAUUAUCGUCCAUUCAUCUUGAACAAGAACUAAAUCUAAGUAUUCAUUCACAAAAUGAGCAGAACAUAAACUGUCAUCUUCGACUUCAUUUCCAUGGUCUCAAUCAAAUACAUAGUCAUGCUCGAUGGCAACAACCACUUCGAUCGAAUAUACCAACAAGUCUCACUGUACCUUUAGUUGCGGUGUAA